AUGUCAUUAAAUAUAUCUAAAAAAAUUUUAAUCAAAUUAAUUGUCGAUAUAUUUUCGCUACUAUUUGUCGGACUAUUUGUACUGUUUCUCUAUCUAUUUGCCAAACCCUACAAACGCGGCUACUUUUGCAAUGACCUAACCAUACGAUACCCCUAUAGGGACAGUACAAUCAAUAGUUAUUCGUUGGCCGCACUGGUAUUAUUGCCCAUAAUUGUUGCCGUGGCCAGUGUCGAGACCUACCGAUACAAAAAUAGUCAGUAUACUAGCAAACUGGACAAAACAUUGUUAAGGGAAUUGUACGACAAAUACAUACCGUUCCUGUUCGGCGCACUCAUGUCCAUACUGUGCACAUACAUAGCUAAAGUAUCGGUGGGUCGGCUCCGACCCUAUUUUUACGGUGUUUGUCAGCCGAAUGUUGUAUGCGAUACAAUAAAUGUCUAUCAAUAUAUUGAAGAUUUUGAAUGUACCGGCACUGAUGGGGCGCCUACCGAAGCCGUCACAGAGAUGCGUAUGAGCUAUAUGUCAGGCCAUUCCUCGACAAUGGCCUUCUCAAUGGUAUAUCUGGUCAUAUAUCUACACAAACGGUUUCCCGUUCGUAAUUCACAACAGCAUACGGCACUGAUCCGGGCCCUCGUACAGGGUCUGGCAUUGAAUUUGGCCAUUUAUGUCGGCUAUACCCGCAUAUCCGACUAUUGGCAUCACUGGAGCGACGUUAUGAUCGGGCUAAUACAGGGCGCACUGUCAGCCACACUGACCGCCUACUAUCUGAGCGAUUUGUGUACCGAUGAUGAUGUGGACGGCCUACCCGUCGGUCUAGUUUUAAGCGAUAAUAAUAAUACUAAUAAUAGUCGUAUGAAUACCAGUGGACCAUCUAAUGAGUAUAAUCUGGAAAGUGGUAGACUAUCUAUCGGACCUAAUAAUAGUAGUAAUAAUAAUAAUAAUUUUCAUAUAAGAUUAGUAAAUCAUACAAGUAUUUAA